AGACCUCUGAGUUCUUAAGUAAAGAACAGAUCAUGGUUCUUUACAAACUAAACCUUUACAUUGGUUUUGAUGAAGCAGUCCAGACACAGAAGCCCAAACACAAGUCCAUGGUUUGUUAUCACCCUCAUCCUCCUUCUUCCUCACUAGAGCUGUUCAGAGUCUCUCCACCCACUAACUGAAAACAGGAAGUUCUCUCACUAUUUUAAGAAGGCUCAACACACUCUUCGGCCAGAAUCUUCUCAACCAGGAGCUCCACUUUGACUCUUUGACCUCCAUCUCCAUCGGGAAACUUUGUGUUCAUCCGUGAGCUGAUCACAAAGAUGUCAGUCUGGGCUGCUGUUCUGCUGAUGUUUGGAGCCUACAUGGUGACUGCAGAGGUUUAUCCCUUGGAUAUGGCUAUCAACUCUGUUGAUGACAUGUAUAAGGGCUGUGAAGACAAAAUGCUUAAAAAUGUGAAGAACUUCCUGAAGAAUGAGACAAACAAUAAUCCAAAGUUUCGUGAUGCUUGGAGUGAAGCAGAGAUGUACUACAACGGGAAAUGGAAAAGAAAUAAGAAAAGAAGUUUGGAAAAAAAUGAGGCUGUGGCCGUUUAUGCUUACACAAAUGCUCAGAUAAACAUUUACGAUGAGUUAAAUAAGGCAGUUCGAGAACAGGGACCUGAGUACCAGACCAGCUUUAAUUAUCACUCCCUGCACUAUUUUCUUACAAGAGCUAUACAAAAACUUGCUGCCAAACAGACAGAAGAAAAAUGUCACACUUCUUACAGGAGAACUAAAGUCUCCUUCAUGGAGGUUCCUCUUAACACGAAGAUACGCUUUGGUCAGUUUACUUCCUCCUCACUGCAUCCGCUGAAGCUCAACAAAGGUAAAAACUUGGGGAAAGAUUUUGGAGAAAAAAGCUGUUUUAAGAUUAAAACAUGCUUUGGAGCUGAUAUCUCAAUAUAUUCAAGGUAUGAAGAUGCAGAGGCAGAAAUCUUGAUUCCUCCUUAUGAGGUGUUUAAAGUCACCAAAAUAGAGACAAGAGAAAAGGAUAAAGAGCUUCCCUGUGAGGUCGUCUAUACAGUGGAGAGCACUCGGGAACCUGUUUCAAACUACAACUGUGCUCUCUUCAAGCCCUCCCUGUCUCAUGGAUGAGACAUUAGAACCCAAAGAACAUGAAGCUUGUUCUAAUAUCUGUGAAAUAUCACAUGAAAGCAGCAGAAAAAUGUAAGAAGUGUCUCAUGUAAUCAUUGCGUGCAUUGGAAAAAU